CGUAACCCUAACCCUCGUUAUAAAUUCGUCUGUAGCGCUUUAAUCAUACUUAGGAAUAUCGGGAGGGAGGUAGUCUGUAUCAUCUGCUGUUGGUUUCCUCCUCAGGGCUGCGACUCUUCGUGCCACCAGUAUCUGCGGCGUAAGGAGAAGCCUGAUCUGAAAAUACAGUAAGCUCAGUGCGAAAAUAGAUCGGGAUCAGGGACAUCUGAUACGCAACCUUAAAAAACAUGGGUCUGAUAUACUUAAUUACCGGAGGCUGCGGCUUUUUGGGGCAGCAUCUGCUCAGAGUCCUGCUGGAUCAUGAAGAGAGAUUGACAGAGAUCCGCCUGUUUGACAAGCAGACCAACCCCGACCUUGCAGCGCACAGCACAGAGCGGGUGAAGGUGCUGGUGAUACAGGGGGACGUCACGGACCCCAGGAGCAUGCUGGAGGCCAGCCGGGGAGCCGACCUGCUCAUCCACACAGCCAGCCUGGUGGACGUGUGGCACAGAGUGCCCCAACAGGCCAUUCAUGCGGUCAAUGUCACAGGGACAAUCAAUGUCAUCAAUGCCUGCAUAGAAAAUAAGAUCCCAUAUCUAGUUUACACCAGCAGCAUGGAAGUAGUGGGACCCAACAUCAAGGGAGACCCUUUCAUCCGUGGAGACGAGGACACUGUGUACAACGUGCACCACGAUAUGCCGUACCCCAGGAGCAAGGCCCAGGCGGAGAGGCUGGUGCUGGAGGCCAAUGGCAAGAAGCUGGUUGGGGGGGCUUGCCUGCACACCUGUGCCCUGCGUCCCACUGGCAUCUACGGUGAGCAUCACCAGCUUAUGCGGGAAUUCUACGAGAAGGGGGUGCAGGCGGGUGGCUGCAUCAUCCGGGGCGUCCCACCCAACACGGAACAUGGCCGCGUAUAUGCAGGGAACGUAGCCUGGAUGCACCUCCUGGCUGCGCGUGCCCUGCAGGAGCAGCCCCACACGCUGGGAGGAGAGGUGUACUACUGCUACGACGACUCGCCCUAUAAGAGCUACGAAGACUUCAACAUGCAGUUCCUGUCAUACUACAACUUCCGCGAGCUGACCGUGCCAGUCUGGAUUCUGAAGCUCAUGGCUUGCGUCAAUGACUUCCUACGUAUGGUUCUGAAGCCCGUGUACAACUACACGCCCCUACUGAACCGUUACACACUGGCCGUGGCCUGCACGUCCUUCACGGUGCGCUCUGACAAGGCCCAGCGCCACUUCCAGUACAAGCCGCUGUAUGACUGGGACCAGGCGCGGGCGCGCACGCAGAGCUGGGUGAACACAUUCCCAGUCCCAACCAAGAAUGCCUAACCAUGAAAAUACUUGCAGUUUGGCUUUGGGCAAAGAGAUGGAGAUUCCCUGAUUACUGUCAAGUUGAGGCUUGACAUGAAGUGACUGCCCUCUAUUGUUUUCUCAUUCUUCCUUGUUCAGGAACAGUGAGAUUGUAUGUUGUUCCAUAGGCAUACUAAAUGGAAAUGUAGCAAUAAGCAUCUUUCAUAUGAAGUGUGACGUCCACUACCUUGGAGACCCAAUGUCCCUUUAACAAUGGAGUCGGGUUUCCAUAAGUAAAUCCGUAACUGAAAACCAACAUUAGUUGGUUUUGCUGAUGUUUAAUUGACCGUUAAUAGUCCUGAAUAUUAUUAGCUUUGUACAGCUGUAAUCAUAUUAACCCUCUCAAGGCAGGCGUUGCUGAUUUGCACCAGUUAAAAACUAACUACCUUAUUACCCCACAUACAUAUUUUAUGAGUUUUUUUUACUCAGAAGUACCACUGCAGGACUUGGUUGUCCUGUCGUUACUAAAACUUAAUUUGAGCCUGAAAGGGUUCAUUUGUAGAAAAUUUUUACAUUUAAAGUAUUUUCAUUUAAUCCAAAAUAACAUAUUCGUGUAUUUAUCAAAUAGACUUAUACAAUUGUUAUAGUGUAACAAUCUAUGUCUUAUAAUUAAUAUUUAUAAUUUAGUAUAUGAGAUACAGUAUUUAAUAUAUUAUUACUACAAAAGACGGAGUAACGCAAAACGGUGUUACAGUUGCCAUAGCAAUAAGAUAUUUUGAAAGCACCGUCUGUGUGCGUUUUGGGCUUUGCUUUCUAAUAAAUUCCAUUGUCUGACAGCAACUUGUGGUUUUCAGUGAGGCUCAUUCCCUCCUUACCAGGAUUCCUUGAUUUUAAAAAUAAAUCCCUGAAAUGGGACAUAAGAGCAGCACUUUUCCAGAAUGUGCUGUCAUUUCCUGGGCGAGGAUUUGCUAGUUUGCUUAUACCUAAAGUAAUUAUACUAUACAUGCAAGUCCAUGCUGUGUGUUGUGGGUGUUGGAAAAGUGCAGGUCCUACAAUUGGUUUGUGAAGUUUCUGAAGAGGAAAUUCAAUUGUGAAUUGUGAAGAAGAAGUUAAAGAAAUGGUCUUUCCGUAUGUGUUUGUAACAAGAGGAAUAAUAUUUUCCUGAAGCGAGAGUGAGUGAAACCGAGAGACGGGAGUUCCCGUCUUCCACAGGCUCAGAGGGAUCCCCAUGAUGUCAUUAGUUCAGUGGUUUUCCACAGAGAUGUGAUCAAUAUUUACACUGCAGUGAGGUGGUAACGUGGAGAGUAUAAUUUGUCUGACUCAUAAGCUUAGAGAGUGAAUUACGGCAGUGGAUUCCAGAUUGCUGCUGCUGGUUUAUAAUGUUUCCUUAGAAACCAUACAGACUGGUCAGUACUAAAAAAGGCUAUCAUGAAGUGUCUUAUGUGUAGAUUAAACACAUUUAAUUUGUAAGUGUCUUGUUUGCAGUGUUUAUGGGUUCUUUUACUGCAGGGGUGGGCAAUCUUAUCCAGAAAGGGCCGUUGUGUAUGCAGGUUUUCGCUGCAACUCCCUAAUUAGAUUACUAAUUAGAGGACUGAUUGGCCGAAUGGUCCUCACACCCGUGCCUGAACAGCUGACCUAAAGGUUAUCCCAAAAACCUGCAUAUGCACUGGCCCUUUGUGGAUAAGAUUGGUUACCCCUGUUUUACUGUAUGACUUUCGCCACUUGGUGGUUAGGAUUAGAAAUGCAGUUUGAUAUUUUCAUUGUAAUGCUAAAGAUACUAUAGAUAUGGAAGUUACAUGGUUCACUUUAAUGGGAAGAGGAAUUUUAAUGAUUUAUUAGAGAUGUCAGAGAAACUCCAUGAUUUUAAAACCAAAUGGCUGUCAGUGAACAGGUUUUAAAAUAAGAAAUAAUUAAAGUCUUCUAAAAAUGGUGUCAAUUAUAAUAGCAUUAGCCAUCAUGUCUUGACAGCUUUUCAGUGUGUAGCUUGUAAGUCACCCUGGGUGAACCUCCACUUUAGUGCCACCCCAACAAAUACUGUGUGUCUGUUUCCCACCCCAUGACAUGUAGAACGAUACAAAUAAAUAAUGAUAAUACUGAUA